UUCCAUCUGGAAUACACCCUAUUUCGAAAUUGUAGGAUUCGUCAGUGAGGAUAGCAGUCCAAAGAGUAGAAACUUGGAUGGAAAAUUAUGAAAAUACAGGAAGUCAUAUAUAUAAAUUCGUAAACCUAAUAAAUCGUAAUUGCAAUGUCAGUUACCAUGAUGGCCAUUUUGUUUUAUUUGUGUAAUUACAUACCUAGAUAUCUCACUCUCGUCUUUGAAUUUUACAUGUAAAUACCAGGGGAGAUCACUCUUGACACACGUAAAUGUAUACACAUACACAGCUUCAGUUUUAAACCUCGAUAGGAAUACCGUUGUGAUUGUUUUUGUUUGUAAAUGGGAUUACUGACAUUAACACGUAAGUGAUUGUGCAGUGGAGCAAUUCAAUCAGAGGAAAACAAAAGGAAAUUGGGACAAUAUGUUAUAACAUUAACGAGAUGUUGGAAUAACAACAAAUCAUUCAAUAUUUUGUUUUAUAGCGAAUACAUUUGGCUGAUAACAUCUGAUGAAUGUAAUGUGUGCGUGUGUAUGAACGUGAGAUAAAUAUAUGGGAUAUUUUCUUUCUGCAAUGGUUCAAAAAACAAACAAAAACCAACAUUUGUUUGAAUCAUUCGCUAAAAUGAAUUAUAUGACUGUUAUAAGUAAAUUAAACGACCUCUAUUUAAAUCUUAUCUGACCUAGUAGAUAACCUCAAUGCACAAAGUGCAACAAGGAUUCUGGAAGUGAUCAACGCCGUAGGAUAGAAACUGAGGACAUACUCAGUUGAGCUUGCCUAACCAUGGACGGGGAGAUUGAAUUCCGGAGGGCCAGUAUUGAAGAUUAUGAUGGAAUCAUGUCAAUAAGACAUGGGGUUUAUAACGGUAAAGACUACCUUCCCUCCCUCUUCAUGAACAUGAUGUCAACACACAAAGGCUAUGUAGGGGUGUGCAACGAAAAGAUUGUUGCAUUUGAAUGUAUCACAUUCGUUGAUGAUGGGAAAACCAUGGUAACCAAAGCAAUACGAAUAAAGAAUGACAUGGAAGGUCAGGGUUUGACAAGGAUGAUGAAGGAGUUCAUAUACAGGGACAACCAACACAAUACAGACAUCCAACGUCUGGCCUACUCGUUCGGUAAAGCGGAACUUCUGAAGAGAGUGGCGGAAGGGAAAGCAGAGUUGCUCUUGAAGCAGGAGCGGUUGUAUUUCCAAGCAUCUCUCCAAUCGUUACAGAUAAAUGACUUGACACCGACGGAGCGUAACUGUUCAGUAAGAAAGCUACGGAAGACGGAUAUGAAAGACAUUUUUCAUUCCAAGCUUAAAACAGAAAAUCUUUUUCCAGAUGGUCGCAUAAUCGUCAACUGGACGCCCUACCGACUUCUGGAAUCAAAUAUCGAUAUAUUUUGUGAUGGAUCUACUUUAAUAUUGGGUAGUAAUAAUGAGAUGCAACUGCAUAGCACAGAGCUAAUGACUAUUGGUUUCGGAUAUUCUGCGCAAGUAGGGGUUGUAUAUAAUCUUGAAAUAUUUGGUUUACUAACAGAAAACAAUUUUAGCUCAUCAUAUGAAUGAACAUAUAAGAAACUGCCUUAGUUUUUCUUCUGACUCUGUUUUGUUUAUGAUUCAUUACCAAGGUCGGACACAAGAUGUCAAUAUCAUCGCAAGCACAAUGGAAAAGUACAAUACCUCAACCGUAACAGUUCAUGACAAUGAGCUGUACUUUGUAGAAGAAGCAUUUGUAUAAACAAUAGAAAACAAAAUGUGUAUCAAAUAUUCAUGUUGAUGAUUUUUGGUAGAAAUGUUUUUAAUUAAAUGGCAACAAGAUAUG